UCAUCAACUCCCAAACCCUCGACUGACCACCAUGGAUGCCCCCGAAGACGAUCUCGAUAUCAAACUCCAGAAGAUCUCAGGCGAUCUCAUUGUAGAUUUUGACAAGUCACUCCGCCCAUUUCUCAGGAAGCAGGAUGGCAAGGGCGGAACCGCCGCAGUGCGGUCGCGCGUGCGAAGCCGUGAAACCGAGCGGCUCGUUUCCUCACUCCUCGACCCCUUCCAAGAACUCCCCCAGCUCCUCGACCCCCACCUCCCCACCUGGCUCCCCAUCCUAGGAGACGCCUACCUCGAGUACCACCAACACCACCACCCCCAGCAGCAGCAUCGGACCAACCAACCCAACCGCGGCGGGCCCGCCGCCGCCGCCUCUGACCUGCUGAUGCCCCUGCCCCGUGCCAUCUGCAAGCUGCUGUACACCUUCUGCAAGAUCCGCGGCGAGAAGGUCGUCGUGCGCUUCCUGAGCAACGAGGCCCGCCACCUGGAGCUGCUACUCGCGGCGUUGGAGGGGGCGGAGGCGGGUGCCACGGGGGAGGCUGAUGAUGUGGCGCCAGCGGUUGGUGGUGGUGGUAGUGGUGAUGGUGGUGGUAGUGGUGAUGGUGGUGGUGGUGGUGGUGGCGCGCUAUGGACGUGGGAGGAGCGUUAUGUGGCGCUGCUGUGGCUGUCGCAUCUGAUGCUGGCGCCGUUCGACCUGGCGAGCAUGUCGUCGCAGGAGAUGGAGGAGGAAGAGGAGGUGGCGAGGGUGGAGGGCCUGGCGUGGCCUGCGGGACUGCCGACUAUCACGACGCGCAUCGUGCCGUUGGCGAUCAAGUACCUGGCGUCGCCGGGCAAGGAGCGCGAUGCGUCCAAGGCGCUGCUGGUGCGCAUCUCGAUGCGCAGGGAUAUGCAGCAGUUGGGGGUGUUGGAUGCCCUGGUGCAUUGGGCGCUGGCUGCGCUGCGGUCUGAGGGUGCGGCGGAGCGGACGCCGUAUCAUUAUAUUGGGGUGUUGUCGUUUCUGGCCGGCAUUUUGGCGUCCUCGGCGGAUACGUCGGAUAUGGAUCGGUAUUUGACCACCAUCUUCCACGCUGUGCAUGGGAUAGCGUCCGAGGGAGACAAGGCGGGGUCUAUGAUGGCAUCGGCUCUGGCUCGCAAGACUAUGAUCAAGGUCAUUCGGGCAGUAGCUAUUCUUAUUUUGCGAAACCCGCAGGAUAUGGAAGGCAUGGAGAUUGUCGAAACCACCAUCGGAUUUCUUUUGGAGAGCUUGGCCGACAACGACACGCCGGUCCGCUUUGCAGCUAGCAAGGCUCUCGGUGUCAUCACGCUCAAGCUGGAAGAAGAUAUGGCCUCCCAGGUGGUCGAGGCCGUCCUUGAAUCCUUGAACAGGAACGUCCUCCGUGUCAAGGAUCCCAAAGACCCACAGGGAACGUCCAAGAAAGACCUCAGCAUGGUCGACCCCCUAGAAUGGCAUGGUCUCAUGCUCACGCUUUCUCACUUACUCUAUCGGCGGUCUCCGCCGGCCGAGAACCUUCCGGACAUCGUGCAUGCCCUGCUCAUGGGCCUGUCAUUCGAAAGGCGAAACACUUCAGGCAGUUCUACGGGCGCGAAUGUGAGGGACGCAGCAUGUUUUGGCACCUGGGCGCUCGCCAGACGAUACACCACGCCGGAGCUGCUGGCGGUACCGACCACAUACAUGACUACAAAUGCCAGCUCAGCAACAUCCAUCUUGCAGGUCAUCGCUACUAGCCUCGUUACUGCCGCCUGUUUGGAUCCGUCAGGAAACAUUAGGCGGGGGUCGUCGGCUGCGCUGCAAGAGUUGAUCGGGCGCCACCCCGACACCGUUGAUAAGGGUAUCUGGGUUGUCCAAACUGUGGACUACCAUGCAGUGGCCCUGAGAUCGAGGGCCCUCCAAGACGUUGCCUUAGGUGUCACCAAACUUUCAGGCCAGUAUGGAGAGGCCAUAUUAGAUGGCUUGCUCGGGUGGAGAGGGGUUGGCGAUGCCGAUGCCGCUUCAAGACGGGCCGCGGGUGUUUCCUACGGUAUGAUCACGGAAGAGUUAUCCGGAGGAGCUACGGUCCCUCUCCAACGGCUGACACAGUCCGUUUCCCUGGUCUUGGAUCGCAUCAAGUCACUCCAACACCGGCAAGUCGAAGAGAGACACGGCUUGUUUUCCAGCCUCGCUGCAGUUCUUGAUGCCCUGCCUUCCGCCGCCGCCGGAGCGCAGAGAGCGGCAAUAUUUGACGAGCUUGUUCAGCUCUCUCUCGAUGCACUGCUCGGUAUCCUCAAGGACUGCGACACAAAGACCUACCGGAAACCAGAGCUCGUCGCAGAAGCCGCAAGCCGACUGAUCAUAUCAUCGUUCCCCGUGCUUCAGGCAGCGUCAGCCGCGAACUGUACUCUCCUGCCUGGGCGGUCAUUAAUGUCUAAAGGCGGUGCGGAGUUGGCUGAGCUGGUGGGAUCGGUGGGUGCCAGGACUGAAAAGCUGGCCACUUUCGUCGCCCUCUCGCGGUCCAACCUCCAAAAGUGGCUUGUCUGGCCAGAGCUCGACAUUAUCACCGCGGCGUCCGAGGCCGCGGUCGUCUUUAUGGUUUUCUGCAGCAACCCCGAGCGCGACGAGGCCAUCCGAGGGUGGGCCGACGCCGCCCGCGAACGUCAAUCAUCCAAAACACGGACGACGAGCGGCCACUUCUCUGCACUGGCUGCCGUAUACCCGAUGGCGUCGACCCUAGCGCCGGAGCAGGACAAAACCCUCAUCUGCGACGCCAUCAUGGAGCGCUGGAAAAACGACGUUUGGACAGACACCCGAGCGUGCAUACUCCAGAGUUUGACGGGCAGCGAUCUUCUUAGACAGAACACUGGCGUGUUUCUGCCGCUUGUGGCCGAGGGCCUGGAUGAUUAUACAACGACUGCAAGGGGUGACGUUGGGUCUCACGUCCGGUAUGAGGCGAUCCGGGCGACAAAGUCACUAUGGGAAAGGUUGGACGGGGAAUCGGGCAUGGCGACACAGUUAGUGUCGGUGUUGUUCUUACGUAUUCUGCGACUGGCGGCAGAGAAGUUGGACAGGGUCAGAGCUGAGGCACAGGCAGCGCUUGCCGUUGCCUUGAAACCAACCCAAGCAGCCAUACUCCGCAGGUCAACGUUUUCGUCCAAGGCGUACUUUAUUUUCCUCCUCGACCUACUUGAUCAGGACUGGCUGCACCCUGCGGCGUCCAAAGUAAAAUAUGAUACGGAUGGAUGGAUGGAAGCUCUCAUGGCAGGCAUCGUGUCGUCUGCCGAUACCGGGAACGAAGAACUGGUCAUUGCCACCCGCGCCGCUCUAUGCCAGUUCUGCGAGCGGUCGCCCCUAGCUAGAGAUUUAGUGUGCGCCGCUCUGGUCCGGAACCUCAAGAUCUGGCAGGGGACAGAUCGGGUACUUGUCCCGACACUCGAGGUGGUCGCCUUCCUCUUCCACGUCGGCAUCUUUGCCGAGUGCCGCGGGGUCAACUACAAGAGCCUCUGCCUGCAGGUUCAAAAAGCAUGCUACAAGACCGGCAACGUCCGAAAGAUCGAGGCAUGCAUCAGGGUGUACGGGGCCAUCGCGGAACUCGGCCGAGACCCGAGCCCUGCGCCAACUGCCGUUGGGCCCGGGAGUGAUGACGAUCUGCUGUUGAAAAAACAGGAGGGCAUCCGAGAGGCUCGAACCCGGCUCGGGGCCCUCAUGUUCCACCCCUGGCCGCGAGUCAAAAACACGGUCGUCGACGAGCUCUGGGGCCUCCACUACGACGACCCCGCUGCGGAGGCACUCAAGAGUGUCGACUGGGGGAAAGCAGAGAAGGCCAAAAUCAAGACGGUGGUGGGGGCUCUGGGGUUGGCUUAACUUGACCGCCUUUCUGCGGCGGGCACUUGCAGCAGCAGCUGGAACCGGCGGAAGCAGGUCCGAGCCAAUUGGGGUUUCUGCCUCUCCGGACCAUCGAGAUUUGACCUGCUC